AUGCACCUCAGCAAGUCACAGUGAAUCCAAAUCCAGCAGUUGUGGAACUUGGUCAAAGCUUAACCCUCACAUGCCAGGCUGAUGGAUUUCCAAAACCCUCCUACUCAUGGACGUUUAAUGGAGGAGCAAUUGGAGACUCACAAAACACUUUGCAACUUGCAAGUGCCCAAGUGUUGAAUGCAGGGAACUAUACAUGUGUGGCAACAAAUACGUUUGGUAGUGCUCAGGAAACAAGGCUGGUGAAUGUGAGAUCUGCUCCAACUUACACCAUCCAACGUACAACACCAUCAGGUACAACAAUACUGGCUGGCACCUCAGGGGGAAGAUACACAAUUCCUAAUGUACAGCUUACUGAGGAGGAUAACUCAUACAACUGUGUGCCAAGAAAUGCACUUGGAGAUGGGCCAUCAAAAUCAUUGACAGUCAAAGUAAUAGUGCCACCUUCAUUCCAGAGUAAUUUGCCAAACAAACAAACAAAGACUGAAAAUGAAACGGUGAACUACCCAUGCACAGUUCAAGCCAAACCUUAUGCUCAAAUUGUUUGGAAGCUGGGUGAAAAAAAUCUGACUGGCACACCGUACAAUAUCACAACUGAAGUUGCACCAGUUCAAAAUUCUAAACUUUUGAGAACUCUUUCUUAUCUGACUAUUGAUAAAGUAACCUGGCAGCAGAAUGGGACUUUCUCUUGUGUGGCUUUCAACAGUGCUGGUCAGAGGAGGCAAACCACAGAUCUUGAAGUGCGCUAUCGACCAGUUGUUCAGUCUGAUGCUGAUCAUCCGAAAAACCUCACACUGUCUGAGGGACAAGAAGCAACCUUCUCUUGUAAAACCAUCGGCAAUCCGCCCACCCUUUCACAAAAGUGGCAGUUCAAUGGAGUUGACAUACCUGGAGAAAGUUGCAGUGCCUGCGUAACAACAACUUUCACAAAGGCUUCAGUGACUCAGGCUGAUGCAGGAUGGUAUUCCUGUACUGGAACCAACUCUCUAGGAGAAGGACCUCCUGCCAGAGCACAAUUACUUAUUAAGCAUCCACCAACAAUCACUUCCUAUCAAAGUGCAUUCACAGUUAAUGAAACAAACAAUGUUACAAUGACAUGUCGUGCAAAGGGAGUGCCACAGCCAACAAUUACCUGGAAAAAGAUAGGAGGUGAUGAAUUAGAUUGCUCGGGUGAGCAAUGCAUCAUACGCAACACAAGUGGCAAAAAUGAUGGAACCUACAGAUGUGUGGCUAAAAAUGAACUUGGCGAGGAUUGGAAAGAAAUCACUCUUAAUGUUCAGACACGUCCGAUCAUUGUCACAUCCACCCCUACAAGCACCCAAAUACCUGGUGAUGAAGGCGAGCAAGUCGAUUUAACUUGUAUCGUCAGCGGCAAACCUCCACCGUCGUUGUCAUGGAAACGUCAACUUAAUGGACAAGAUCUGAGCUCAUUGAACGAUGAAAAAGUGAAAAGCAUCACAAAGGAGAGAGACACCAGUGUAUUGAAGGUUGCAGUCAGUGCAAUAGGGGAACAUUUCUAUUGCGUCGCUGUAAAUCUUCUGGGAAGUGACAACCAGCAAUACACCAUAAGGAAAAGAGGGAUUCCAGAUAAACCAAUUAAUGUGGACGUGAAGUCGUUUCAAGACCAAAAUUCGAAAACUGUUAGCGUUAAUGUGAGCUGGACACCUGGAUACAGUGGAGGAUAUGAUCAAGAGUUCACAAUCCAUUAUCGCGUCAAACAAAGCAACCGAGACUUUGUGGAACAGUUUGUUGGUCACCCAGAUAACAACAUGCACACUAUACCCGGACUUUACCCGGAAACAGUGUAUGAAUUUACCGUUCAAGCUUCUAAUAAACUUGGCCAAAGCCAACCGUCAGACCCAAAGGAGUAUAAAACAGCAGAGUCCCAGAUACCUCCGGACAGAGGAACUGUCAAAGCUUUGAGAGCAUCAGACGACGCCUCUGUCAUACUGGUGGAAUGGACGAUAGCAGAUGACCAAGUAACAAUUGCGACUCUUCAGAUUCAGCAGGGAGGAGAGGGCUCUUGGGAGCUUGUCGAGGGAGCCUCUCAGCUGAACAGAUCUGUAUCAGAGUUUAAAGUGAGCGAUCUGAAAGCUGACAGCUCAUACAGAUUUAGAGUGGAUAUGAGACGACCAGGAGAGUCUGCUCCGGCUUAUGUUUAUAGUGAUACAGUUCCGGCUGGCCCUCUUCCAGGAGCAAGAGAUGAUGGUGAACCGUUAAAGGACUGGAUGAUUGCUGUUAUUGUUUUAGUUGCUGGUCUUCUUCUCCUGGCCAUUGUCGUCCUUGCAUUGUGUUGCUUUAAGCGUCGGAAGAAGGAACACGGGGCUAAUAAUGUUCCCAUGUCUCAAACUACAAACUAUGUUGUGGGUGGCCCCGAUGUGACACGUGUCCUGGAAAACAGGCGUAGCUACGGUAUGGAGUCGGUGGAAGAUGAUCCGUUCCUCGCAGCUGCGUCAAUGCAGUCUGUGAACUCAACCGAGGCAAAAAAGAAAAAACCAGACUCCAGUCAGGGUGUAAACUAUGGAUACCUGUCACAAGAUUCUGUUCGACAGCAGCCUGAAAUGUUACUCAAUCCAGGCUCCCGCAUGGUGAGAAACGGCCGUUUGGCGCAAAGCACUGGUGAACUGGAUGCGAACUCAGCAUACUCGGCUAGGGGACCCCAGAGAGAUUUCAGCACACUGCCUCCGUACCACGAACCACCUUCGUUUGAAGAGGCAAUGCGGCAGUCAGGAAGGAAACCCAAAACCAGGAAGUCAACAGGGGACCUCACAGGGCCAGGGCAGGGAAGACAUUCAGGCCGCCGACCAAGACAAGCUCGACCAGCUGAUGAGCCCACAGACUCGAGUGAUGGAGAACAACGGUUUACGCCUCAGAGGUCUGCACCCCCUCCCCCGAGAGUAAGACAUGUAGAAUCCAUUGAAGAGCCAGGUUACGCCGCAGUGGACCGGGACGGACGUGUUAUGGGGCCGAGGGUGUUGCCAAUGGGGGCUAACCCGAGUGGUCGUCCUGCAAAUGGGCCCCUUGAUCCUACGGUGCCAUAUGCUUUGCCACAGAAGAGACCCAAACCUAAGAGACCUCGCCGUGAACCAAAUGAGCCAGCGAUUGAGAGGCUUCGCCCACCGCCACAGAUGUAUGGGCCUCCAUACUGGAGAGACUCUUAUAAAGGAUGGCCUCCCCCACAGUACACCCCUGAGGACAGAUCAUUCGAGGACCUCCCAGUGCAUGAUGGCGACGACUUAGAUUUGGAUGAUCCGUCCAAUCUUCCACCGAAUGAGGGACCCCCGGACCUACCACCCCCUAUGGCUAUGUUGCCUAGCAACCGACCGAUUUCUAAUAAUUAUCAAAACUAUCCCGAUGAUGGCCUUCCAGAGCCGCCUAUGUUUUUACGCGACAUUGUUUAUCCACCAGACGGCCAGGAUCCUCGCUACGACUCGGACGGACCUGCACCUUACCAUCCACCCUCUUCACCGGGACGACAGAGACAGCCGUACAUCAAUAUUCAUGGACAACUCGUUAGGCCUCCUUCGCAGGACUCAGACGGUUUCCGGAGACCCGAAUCUUUACGAUCGUCACGAAACACACUCACCCCGGAGCCCGAACUACCUCCAAAUCAAUGGCAACCGCGGGGAUCUGAGCCCGAGGAAAAAGCACCUGAGAUAAAUUACGUCAGUUAUUUGGUUUGAUGAAAAUGGGGUCGUCAUUGAAUACGCGCACACCCUCAAGGACUUCUGAGAGUGGAUUACGAAGAAGCCAAAUAGCGAUAUUCGCGUUGUAUUUUUGACAAGAGAAGAUUACCAAUAUGUAAAAAUUUGCUACAGAAUUUUCAAUAAGGAAAGACUUUUCCGGUCGAGCAAGAAAUGAAACGCGCGCUCGUCGGUGAGUUCACCAAAGGUUGGUGCUUCUUGCUGAGUUGUUCACUUUAGAUAGAAAAUGAAUUACAUUGAGGAAAAAAAAGAAUAAGCCCGGUAGUAUAUGUGCGACUGACAAGAAGUGAAAAAAAAACGUUCUCGUGAGUGAACCAUGUCGAAAAAAUAGGGCAUAGAAGUUCCAAACCUUUUUUAACCUCGAAGGUUAUGCCUACACGAAA